AGACCUUGUAGAGAAACCCUAUGAAGUCAGGACACCGGGAGAGAGCAUCAGGGACAUACGCAAAGAGUCUGAGUCGUAAAAAAUCUCUAGAGUGCAAGAAAUGUGGAAAAGCUUUCACUUGCACUUCUUCUUUUCAGGGUCAUGUGCAAAAUGACUGUGUACAGAGAGUCCAUGCAUGUGACGUGUGUGGGAAAGCCUUUAUGUGUCACUCUGAUCUUACACAUCACGUGAGAACUCAUACUGGGGAGAGAACCUAUCAAUGUCAGGAGUGUGGGAGAGCCUUCCAGUGUCAGUCAGGCCUGCAGAACAUGUGGAGGACUCACACUUCAGAGAAACUCUAUAAAUAUCAGCCCUGUAGGAAAUCCUUCCCUGGCCAGCAGUCCUUAGUACCUAGGAGAAGACACACAGGGGACAGACACUUGGAAUGCAAGGAGUGUGGGAAAACUUUCAAGAAGCAUCUACAGUUUGAACGUCACAUGACCACACACAAUGUAAUGAAACCCUAUGAAUGUCGGGAGUGUGGCAAAACCUUCAAGCAUCACCCAGACCUGCGAGUACAUAUGAGGACACACACUGGGGAAAGACCCUAUGAAUGUAAGGAAUGUGGGAAAUCUUUCCGAAAGUAUGAACAUGUUAAACGUCACAUGACCACUCACAGUACUGUGAAACCCUAUGAAUGUAAGCAAUGUGGCAGAGCCUUCCGGAACACAGACCUGCGAGUGCAUAUGAGGACACACACUGGGGAAAGACCAUAUGAAUGUCAACAAUGUGGGAAAGCCUUCAGAUAUCUUGGGAAUCUGCGAGAGCAUGUGACAAUACACACGGGGGAGAGACCCUAUGAAUGUCAGGAGUGUGGGAAAGCCUUCAGGUAUACUCAUGCCUGCGAGAACAUGUGAG